AUGGCGCCCAGAGUGACAGCUGCGCACCUGUGUUCCCGCGUGGCUGUGAGCGCCGAGGUGCUGAGCCCUGGCCCUCGGGGGGCUGGGCAGGUGGUGGCCGAGACCCUGAGGACGUGCGAGGCUGGCGCGGGACGGGGGCCACGCCAGGCCACCGGCAGCCACCUCCGCUCACAGCCAAAGCGCGGCCUGUGCCGGCUCCUGCUCACCAGGAGCCGGGUCUGCUGGAAACGGCCCUGGGCCCCGGCCGCCCUGCGCGUCCUGGGCGAGUGGUUCCCCUGGACAGGUGGAGCCUGGGAUGCUAAACAGGCCUCGGGGUCUGCAAGGACCACCCAUCACCGUGCCAGCACAAGAUGCUACGUGCUGUCUCGUCAGGGCGCCGUCCUCGCCGGGCGGCCGGCAGGGAGGUCAGCGCAGCGGGUCCCGCCCCCUGAACUUCCCGGGGCUGCGGUAACAAGGCACCCCGAGUGCGCGGCCCUCACAUCCGGGGGCCGGAAGCCCGAGGUCACGGUGUCGACAGGGCCGUGCCUCCUCGGCAGCCUCCGGGGCUCCUUCUUUGCCCUCCGCUUAGCUCCUGGGGGUCCCGGAGGCCCUGGGCGCUCCUCGGCUCACAGACGCGCACCUGCUCUCUGCCGCCUCCUCGCGCCUGCAGCCUGUGUGUCCCUGCGUCAGCAUCAGACCGCUCCUUCUUAG